CUGUUACAGAAACUAUUUCAAUCAGUAUUGGCAACAAUAGAAAAUGGUGGUAAACCAGUCCAGGUCAAUGCCUCUACAACUCUGGGUUACACCAAAGAACAGGCAGAGGCUACUCACAGGUUGAAAUCAGCGAAAGAUAACUACGAGAGACUGGGGCUGACAGCCGGAGCGACCAUGUACGAUGAGUAACAACAAUCAGUCUCAAAUGAUUGCCCUGGUUUUAUUAUCACCUUAAGUAAAAAUGAGGAACAACAUACGAUAUCGCAUAUUUUUGUAACCGAAGAAGCAAUAAAAUGAAAUCUAUUUUUGUCAUGAAAUAAACAGCAAAAUGAAUUGGCUAAGUCUGCAGACUUGUAACGUUCAUGCAGUGGUCGACUGAUCAACAGCUAUUUUCAUAAACUUGUAAACUUUUCUUGUCAGUUUGUUUUCUUCGUCUUCGUCAACAACUCGUGCUAUUGCUUUUUAACUGUUGUCUCUGACAUUCUCCAAAUCGUUCGCUGAGACUGGUAGACAGAACACUUAGGUCUAGAAGGAAAUUAACCGAGCCUUUAGGAGGUUGGCCAUCUUAAUACACCCAGACAAAAGCUUGGCGCCAGGAACCGAGGAUGCAUCAAUGACAAUCAUCGAU